GCAGUGGGCCGGCGCCGGGAAGGAAGAAGAUUGAUUGGGCAGUGGGCGGGCGCUAUAUGAUCAAAGGGAUACGGUGUGCACUCAUCCGUGCUAUCAAACGGGUCCGGAGUUGAUGUUUGCCGCCUCCUUCCGUACGCUACUGAGAAAGCUCGACACCAUUUUGUGUGUCCCAGUUCCAUUUCCCUUCCGUCUAAACGACCACUCCCUCACUUUUAGCUGCCUUUUGAAUUCCUGUUCUUCUCUCUCAGACCUUGAACGAAUCCACGCUCUCAUUCUCGUAAAUGGGUCCCACCGUAACCUUCUGUUAUCGACCAAACUCAUCACCUUGGCUUCUUCUUUAUCUCCUUCGAUGGACUAUGCCCGCAAACUGUUUGAUUUACUGCCUGACAGGGAUGUGUUCGUCUGGAACACCGUGAUUCGGGGUUAUGCUAAUCUGGGUCCUUGUGAAGAUGCGAUAGAUUUAUUCAGAGACAUGCAUCAAGCUGGAAUGUUGCCCGACAGCUAUACUUUUCCUGCCGUUGUUCGAUCUUGUGCUGUCCUCGCAGCUCUGAGGGAAGGGCGACAAGUCCACUGUAACGUAGUUAAGACUGGGUUUAAUUUGGAUGUUUUUACGUAGAGUUCUUUGGUUACAAUGUACUCUCAGAGUGGUGAAAUUUUGUGUUCCGAAUUAGUUUUUGGUGAAAUCGAGGUCGGGAACAUAGUUUCUUGGACUUCAAUGA